AUGACGGACCUCGGGUCAAUACCACGCUCAGGCAGGCUCUUGGACUCAGAAGUCUACACAAGACUCCUCGACCAAUACCUCGACGUGGGCCACCGCCUCUACAAAGGGACCGAAGCGCUCUGCGUGGACCGAGGUCUCCGGCUAGCGGACACCUUCCGGGCAUAUGUGGCGCUGAUGCGGGUCCCUUACGCGCCCUACUAUGACACUAGCUUCAUCCUCAAGUACUUUAAGACCGGGAGGAGAUCGCAGGUGCCUAGGGAGCAGGUAGAGCUCGAGGGCGCCGGUCUGAAUCACGCCGCUGAAGCCUUCCGGCGUAACAACGUUGGCAGAGCGCCGAGGGUUUACGCCCUUCGCCCGGCGCUGGACCUAAUUGCCAUGGAGUUUAUUCGUGGGAAGGGGUAUCGCGAUAGCUCUCCGGGGUGGUGGCCAAAGGAAAGGAUGAUCAAGUUUGUGAGGCAGAUGGCGGUUUUCCGGCUUGCCAUCUUGACCCAGGUGGAGAAUCAGCUCGGGGUUCCCCGGAAUGCCCCAUAUGAGGGGAGGGUUGGGCCUUAUUGCUCGGAGGUUUGGUGGGACCAAGAUAAGGUUUCUCUCCUUCCGCCACCCCCUCGCUUUCUCCCUUUUAUCGUUUGCAUCAUAUGAAUCGCUGGAUGGCCGCUGAUCAUCAGAGCAGUCCAGGUUGUGGGACCAGAUGGACCGAGGUCCAUUCCCAAACCGCCACGAAUUGAUACUGGCCUCCCUUCGCAGAGACCUAUUGGUAAGCAGAUGGAGGUCGCAACACGGUCGGCGGAUCCCAUACGGCUCACACUUCCCUACAUGGGCCGACAUGAUAUCGUACCUGGAAAAGACAAUCGAGAACAUCGAACGGGAGCCCCGCCCAACUCGCCCGGAGUUUUUUUCUCUGAACCACAACGACCUCCGACUUGGCUUUAACAUUAUGCUGCGAGGUGGGAAGAUUGCCGCAAUCAUAGACUGGGAGACAGGCUCAUACGACCCUCUCUCCAUGUGCGUCGUCGACUUGGCCACAGAGACGGAUUAUGAUCCCAGAGAGUGGAGGGAACACGCGGGCCCCAACGGCGAAAACUUUCACGUACUACCCUACCGGCUGGAAGCAGAACCUACCGAAAACCGUAUAUCAUCCGCCACAGAUAUGGGGGCCGAGCGGAAGCCUUUCCCGGACUGGGAAUUAAUCGAGAACAACGGCGGGCCGCUCUGCGAGGCGGACUUUUGCGGCGAUGAUUACCCCGAGGACCUCGCCUCCGAUGAAGAUGAGAGCAUCGUGGACGCGGUGGAGAUUCACUGCGACUCGGACGUCGAUGCGGAGGAGGAGUGCUUGGCCCCCGGGGGCGGAGAUGAUGAACUGGCCCGGCCUAACCCGCACUAUGUCGGAGGAGAAUGGUACUAUGAACCUGUGUACGCUCUCAUGAAGGAAUUCAUUCACCGCCAUCGCGGGGCGGGCCUGGGACCGAACGGGGAGUGGGGGAAGCUGCCGGAGGAGUACUCUAGGCCACUGGCGGACUGGGACGAUCCGCUGUUCCGGAGGGUCACGCAGACCCCCUUCGAUGGCGGGCAUGACCAAGUCGUCGACGAAGACAGGAUCGAUGUAGCGAUAGCGGUAACCGAAGCCGCGGCAGCCAAGGCACAUAAAGUGAAGAAGGAGAAGAUCGCCGUACCCUCGCGACCACGCCGAAUGCCUACUCUCCUAGAUGCCUGGGGCGAUACCGCCGCGACCGGUGGAGAAGAAGGUUCCCCCAGGUCCCCGGUAUCGAGCGCUGGCUAUGCCAACUGGACUAGAAAGCUCACCCCUAGACGCAAGCGGCCCAUCACAUCCCCAAUCGGUCGGAAGGUCGGCCCGAGUCACGACCCCAUUCCCCUGACCGCGUUCCCAGGAGCGCAUGCGCCGACCAAAGCGGGGCGGCAGGGGGCGGAGGCGGGUGUCCCGUCCACCAGCGACGACGAGCGUGUGAGGACUGUGAGGGAUGCGGUUCUUGCGAGGGUUAUGGAGAGAUUGAGGAGUGGGUUAGAUUAG